CACGCUCAUCCAUUCCAGGAGUGGGAGGGGCUGGUGAGAGCCGGGUGAGCCGAUGCAGUGGGCGUAUCGCUGGAGGAGUAGGCGGGGCCAGGCCGGCGGCGCAGGGAGCGAGGAGGAGACGGGAGACGGGAGACAACACUCUGUAACUCCGGUAUCUCCAUGUCCGGAGCUGCGGCCGUGUGAUCUGGCAGGAGCCCCCUGUGACCGAGGCAGGUUGUGACCACCAGCAUUGUACCACGGUGCUGCUCAUGACACGUGGACAUCCUCUGAGGUUAGUGGAGAGAAGAUUUCAUACCCAUCAUAGGAAAGGAUUCUUCACAGUAAGGGCAGUAAGGAUUUGGAAUUCUUUGCCAGACAAGGAAUCCCGUCCACCAAGGAUGUGUGCCGAACAGCAGAACUUGUGUCGGCAAUGACGUGACUGAUCCUUAGUCUUGCUGUCUGCUGUUACGUGUUGAGCCAUGAAGAGCCAGUCCAUCUGUAUCUGAUUAGUAUAUUUUGAUGACCCUGGGAAGGUGAAUGAUGAUCAGUCGUAUUUCGUUUUUGGAAGAAGACCAUUGCCCUUGUAUCGUUUUUGCGCAGGAUGAUUUUUAUAGUCCGGUUCCUGAUCAGAAUUGAUAUUAACAGCAGGACAAACUUACGAGGUAGCCCUGAAGGCCACCUCCGUCUGCAGGGUUGUCAUUAUGGAGGCAAUGAAGUUUUCUAACCUUAAAAACGUUUUCCCAUGUUGAGAAUAAAUAUGCUGUUUAAUGGGGAUACUAAACAGUUGAAACCUGCGUCUGCAAGGAGGAGGUCACAUACCCAAGAUGGCUCUUAUUAUGAUGUACCAAGUGAACCAGUUAUGCGGCGGAGUGGUUCUCAAGUUAGGCCACAUUCGCAUAGCCACAAAGCCUCACCGGUGAUAACAGAGGGCAAUCGGGUCCACCCGUACGGAUCAGGAAGCGAUGGCAAUCUCAGCUGCGGGGUCAUCCCACAGGAGCUGCAGUCAAGACUUCUCGAUCUGAAGGACUAUAAAUCUAGAACCUAUGCCAUCGAGGAACUUAAAUAUCUAAUCCAGGAUUGGGACUUUAGUUCAGUAUCGCACUCACAUAUGGUUGGGUUCAUCAGCUUUUUAUGCACGCUGCUAGAUGACAGUAACUUUACCGUUGUUCUGGUCACCUUGGACGUUCUUAAUUGCUUUGUAAUAAAUCUUGGUGAAAAUGUGAAGGAGUUCCUCAAACCUAUUAUAGCUGCGACGGUAAAACUGCUGGGAGAUGGGAAGAUUACCGUUAAGCAGGAGUACAUGAAAAUAUACAUGAGACUCAUGAAAGUGGCCGGGCCUUGCAAAGUGUUAACUGUACUUCUUGAAAACCUAAAACACAAGAACUCCAGAGUGAGGGAGGAAGUUGUAAACAUUUGUAUUGUGUCCUUGUUGACCUACCCAAGUGAAGACUUCAAUCUACCAUAUUUGGCCUGUGAAAUCGCACCCUGUUUAAUAGAUAGUAAGUGGAGAGUCCGUCAUGCGGCGUUGGAGGCUUUUGCUGUACUGGCUGUCUCAAUGGGCCCAGGGAAGAGCAGUCUUCUUAAGGCAGUGGAUGAAGUAGAGCUACAGGAGGAUGGCGAUGGAUUAAUGAUGGCUGUUCAGGCCAGGUUGGCACGUAAGACUCUACCCAGGAUUUCCCCCCAAGGCUUGGUAGAGUACGCUCUUCCAUUCCCGUCAUCUGCUCAGAUGAGAGGAACCUAUCAUGUGCCGGGCGCUGACACAGACUGGCUUUUGUCAGGGAAUAGAGCUCUCAGUAGACAGUCUAUGGCCUCUGAUCACAGUGGUAGAAGCAUGGUCCCUCACAUUGAUCCUGUAGCUCGCAGAAUGCUGAGCGCUGGGAAAGGAAAAAAUAAGUUCCCUUGGGAAAGUCAAGACCCAGGUGUUGUGGAUGUGUUUCCAGGAACUCCGACCUCUGAUCAGCUGCCCGCCACUGUUGAUGUUCCCCACAAACGCUAUGUGAAAACCCCAGAGGUUAAGACCAGAAACUCUUCUAUGAACCAGGCCUCUGCCAACAUCAGCCUCCACUCCGAGCCUUUGCCUGCGUUAUCUGGUAAGGAUGAGGCGCCAGUUCCACUUAAAGCUUCGAUUACGAGACUACCAUCAGGACGGAAAGAUCUCAAUAGGUCCAAACCUGUCCCUCCAAUCACCAAGGGGACCAAGUUUCCAGAAAUUAAUUCAGUACGAGACCGUUCCGUUUGGAGUGAUUCUUCGCCCGUGGAGAAGACCAGUGAUGAAGAGAAUAUUGCGAUUGACUUCUUGGAAUUAAGUCUGAGAGAUGAGGAUGAUCACGAAGAGAUGAUAAGUUCUCUUCGACACCUGCGGAACAGCGCUGCUAAAAAGAGAGCCAAAAUUAGCGGCAGUCUCUCUGACCUCGACAGCCCGGACUCCAUGAAAAUAGAUCUGAAUAUGGAUUCUCCGUUGUCAGCUCCUUCACCGAUCGAUGAUGGUUACAGUGAAAGUGGCGUCUACAGCCGGGAAUCCCUGACCUCACCGCUCUCUCCCACACCACAGCUGAAGAGAGUGCCUGAAGUGACUUCUGUUCCAAAGCCAAAGUUGCGCCCUUCUAGAGUACUGUCUGCACGAAAUAGGGAUGGUGUGAAAAAGCCAGAUAGUCUCCCACAAGGAUCCCCGGCCAGGGAAAAACCAGUGACCGUUAUUGGACAGCGGAUGAAUUACAGGAAUGGCACCGCGGACGCUGAGGAGGAUUCUCCCAAAGAGAUUACUCCUACUGUUACGAGACGUCCAUCCAAGGACUUGCAGAAACCAUCGAGGCCCAUGAAAGGGAUAACCGGAUCAGCCACGAAUUUCCAGCAGAUUUACAACCAUGACUUUGAUGUGACCAAUCCCUUGUCGGAGGAUUCUGUGGCUGUAAUUGGGAAAGGUGUGUUUGAAACAUCCCCCUCUGCCUUCCAAUCACACAGUCAGUCUUCCUUCUCCAUGCCGGAGGAUUCUAGUCCGGUGAAGCAGAACAUUCAGCCCCCGACUGGUGUCUAUGGCAGAGCAGUACAGCAGAGCAGUCCUGCCGUAGAAAGUGAUGUUAGUGUCAUGAUGUGCACAUCGGCCCGAGAGAAGAUGAGGCAGAAGAGAGAACACAGCCUGAAAGAGCUGACAGAGUGCAGAGAUCCGGAGCGGAAAGAGAGACUUUCUCAGACGGAUCCGAGCCCUGUGUGCAGAGAAUCUCGGAGACCGCGCUCAGACUGCGUGGAGAUUGCAGACAUUAAGCCACCGACCCUCAAGAGGGCUUCCAGCAUAAAGAGAUCCUCAGCACCACGAAGCUCAUUCAAAGACCGAUCCUCCGCCAGCCGUAGCUCUGAGGUCACUGACCCAUCUGUGCCCAGAGAGCUGCCCAGACCGGACCUGUCUCUCGCUGAGGCAUUUAAAUUGUUGUGUAAUGAUGACUGGGAGAAAAAGAUAGAGGGUCUGGCCUUGGUGCGGUCUCUGGCUAUGUUCCAUUCCGAUGUUCUUCUGGAGAGACUUCAUGACCUCAGCGUUGCACUGAUACAAGAGGUGAAGAACUUGCGUUCCAGCGUUUCCCGGGCAGCAAUUGGCUGUUUAGGAGACAUGUUCGUACACCUGAAGAAGAACAUGGACAACGAACUGGACAAUUGUGCACGCGUCCUCCUUUCCAAGGCGGCAGAAUCGAAUCUCUUCAUGCGGGAAGAUGUGGACAAGGCGCUAGAUGCGAUGGUACAGAAUGUGACGCCGGUACGGGCUCUCACCUCCCUCAUAAACGGAGGGCUCAGCCACCUGAACACCGCAGUAAAAAGAUGUACGGCACAACACAUGUGUGAUCUGGUGGAGAGGAUGGGACCGGGGCGGAUUCUGUCCGGAAUAAAGGACAUCACAGACAAGACUCUUCCUGCUAUAACAAAAUGUGCACAGGAUAGUUCUCAGGAAACCAGAUUCUAUGGCCGGAAGAUGCUUCACUAUCUGAUGUCCCAUCCGGACUUUGACAAAAUGCUGGAGAAAUAUGUCCCGAGCAAGGAUUUGCCUUAUAUAAAGGAAAUAAUUAGACAUAUCCAAGUCAAGGGUGUCGGGGAGAUCCAAGAUGCUCCCUCAGCCCGAGGGAGAAGAUCCUACCACGGCAGCGUCGGCAGCCUGAGAGCUUCCUCCGUCUCCCAGAACGCUCACGUUACACUAGAAAGUGCGUCACACAGAGACGACAUCACAGUGAACAGCUAACUCCUGCAAUACACUUGGACGGACAGUCGUGGUAGUGACGCAUCUGGUCAACCAGCGUACGUGGAAAUCCGUCUCUGGCAGUCGGCGUGCAACAUGUUUUCUGGAUAACGAUAAGUCAGCAAGAUCACACUAUUAAAGAGACACUAAUAUUUUUCACAUUCAUCUUAUUUGUUAAAAGAACCGGAAGAGUAUUAAAGGGUAAUUACCUUGUAACGUUUCCUUUUACAACGUGUUGCUGUGAACUGUUCUGUGUCGUGUAGAGAUUUCCAGGCUCCUUCUCCUGUACAAGACGGUAGCCACAAGGCUUAUACAGGUACAUAAUUGGGCUGCUUAUUAUUAUUAUGUGCGUGGUAUUUUAUUUUAUGUCUUCCCACUAAAAGUCACUGACUAGUGGUGAACGUGGCUAAAGCGAAUACGCUGUACGGGGGAAAUGUGUUCUUUGUCUAGGGACCGUUCACGCGGUUUAUGUGGAUUUGUGCCUUUCAUGUAAUUACAUAGAAAAUACAUUUACAGCAAAAUAACUUUUGUUCACUCUUUUGAAAAUAAUAGUAUAAAUGGCGUCAUUAUCUUUUGCCUCCUUUCCACAAAGCGGCAGCACCAGGAAGCUACGUUUUGAUUUCACAUUACCGCAGUGCAACAUCUGCCGCAUUUGUCGCCUCGUUUGUGGUGGAAACAAAAGAAAAAAACAUGUGAAACAAAUGCGUAGCAUGAUGGUGGCACUGGCUAAUAUUUGUGCCCGUAGCGUGUUGCCUGGCAGUGACCUCAGGGACCCUAUCUGCAGCAUUGGUACAAUAUUGGGCAACAGAUCAUCAUGAUGACUUAAGUCUCUGCAGUUUUAGAAGUCCCCAUGGCCACUGCUUGCUGUAUUUGUGGCACCCUGAUGACGUGAUCCCUUGGAUGUUUUACCAGGCAACGCGCCGCAAUUAGAAAUUCGUAAAUUCCUUGCGGCAAAUUCCUGUGGGUUACACAGUAUUGGACUCAUUGUAUCAGCAGAUAUCUGAUCUGUUGUAACUUCUAAACUGCUGGACCUUAUUUCCAUGCCAUACGGGAAACAUUGUAACUACCUGUAGAGAUCUCCUGGCGUAUGUAACAAGCUGCUUUUUAUUUAUUUUUUCAAUAGGAAUGAAUAUCUGCUUUAAAACUGUUUCUACAAAGUAUCGAUAGGUGACGCUCGUCACCCUUUUAUGAUUGGAACAUAUUUAUGAUUCUUUAUUUUGGUUUGAACCAAUAUAGCUGGAAAGAAUCCCCGCUGUAGACUUCCCUAUUCCUUACAAUCAAAACAAAAAAAACCCUCCUGACCGACUCCACGCUCUUCGUCGGUGACCGUCGGCACAGUCUUCAUUAACAGUUUAGCAAGUUCCAAUAUCCAUACUAAGACGGGGGAACCUUCCACUGCAUACAGCAAAGGAAUACCUCCCAAGCCCCACAAAUUGGAACACAGGUCCCAUAAAAUAGAGACUGACCCACAGAAAUGGCAGCAGCUGUGAUGUACAAGUCUCACGAUCUCCGAUGACGGUCAGGCCAUAUUGGCUCAUAUUGGAAUUAAUUCUUUUUAUAACUUGCUAUUCUGGAGUCAUGUCACAUCAGGAGAUACAAGGAGAGCAGACCAUAAAAUGUAUCGCACACAUAUAUAUAAUUCCGUCUCCUUACAGAGUUUAUUACAUAUCAUUUAUUAAGAGGUUCGGCGUAAACGAAUGUACAGAAAGCCUUAUUCUUCUUUGCAGUGUUGUGUAUGGCUAUAUGUGUCUCCGUACGAGUAUUGGAUGCUAUUUGGAAAUUGUGACAUCCCGAUUUCCUUGUCUACAUUGUAUAUUGCAACUAUCAGAGGCAUUUUCACAUCUAUACUUAUCAAAUGUUUGGAGUGAAACUAAAAAAAUAUUAUUUUUCCAUGUUGUGACUUUUGCUGCGUAUUUUAUAUUUAUUUUUUUACAUUGUUUUUUCCCCCCUCUGUGUCGAAUUUCAUGUGACACGGUUCAUUAUAUGUGAAAAUUACACUCAAUGUAUGUUUUACCUAUAUAUUUUUAAUGAUCUAUAUUAAUAAAGAAUAUUUUUGGAA